AUGAAAACACCAAUUCGAAAAGAGGUAUGCCCCACUAUGUUCAUUGCAGCAUUAUUUACAAUAGCCAAAUGAUGGAAGCACCCUAAGUGUCCAUCAAUAAAUGAAUGGAUAAAGAAGAUGUGGUGUAGAUAUCCAACAUAUAUAUCUGGAUAUGGGUGAAGAUACAGAGGUACACACUGAGUAAGAGAAAGAGAGGAACAGAGGCCUGUAUCCUGGGAGUUUUUAUAUGUGUGGUUAGUUUUAACCAAUGUGGCAUUUCUGAAUUAAAAGAGAUAAACAUUUACAAUUUCAUUUGAAAUUUGUGGUCAUUGCCUGUGUUCUCAGUCAACAAAUCCCGGAAGUACAGUUUGGGGGGUCAUAACUUGUUUUGACUUUGCACGGGGGUUUUCACACUGACCCUGAUAAGGCCAGGACCCACUGGGGUAGACCAAUAAGAGAGGGCUUGCCAGGCAGAGGAACUGCCCCUGGCCUGCCUCUUCUCUCAGGGAAGGUAAGAAAGAAAGAACUGAAACUACUUUGUAGAACUCACUUAUUUUCUCCUUUGUUUCCUAAUGUGUACUUUUGACCUGAUUUGGAAGCAGUCCAUCUGUUCCGUGCAUAGAGCAUGGGGCCUAGUGGUCAGGAGAUCUUUCCAACAUCAUAGGACCUGAAGCAUCAAACCCCUAAGGGCCCAAGUCGACCACCUGGGUCACAUCUCUUGUGUUGCAGAGGGGGAAACCAAGGGUCACCACGAAGUCCCAAAGCAGCCUCCAGCUCCCAGACCAGUACCCAGGGACAUUUAUUUAGUACCCACUGGGAGCGGGGCACAGAGUCAGGCCCUGGAUUUGCAUCUACUAGUAUGCCUGGGGACAAGUCCACUUACCUUCUUUGGGACUCAGUUUCUCUGCUGGAUACCCCAGGGCUGCCAAGAGGAUCCCCAGAGAUCACAGAAAGACUGGUGUUCCCUCUCGAAUGGUUUCCACUCAACAAGCCCAGCGUGGGGGACUACUUCCACAUGGCCUACAACAUCAUCACGCCCUUCCUCCUGCUCAAGCUCAUUGAGCGGUCCCCUCGAACCCUGCCGCGCUCCAUGAUCUACAUCAGCAUCAUCACCUUCAUCAUGGGCGCCAGCAUCCACCUGGUGGGCGACUCCGUGAACCACCGUUUGCUCUUCAGUGGCUACCAGCACCACCUGUCUGUCCGGGAGAAUCCCAUUAUCAAGAAUCUCAAGCCAGAGACGCUGAUCGACUCCUUCGAGCUGCUCUACUACUACGACGAGUACCUGGGCCACUCCAUGUGGUACAUCCCCUUCUUCCUCAUCCUCUUCAUGUACUUCAGCGGUUGUUUCACUCCCAUCAAAGCCGAGAGUUCGAUGCCAGGGGUGGCCCUGCUCCUGGUGAUGCCCAGUGGCCUAUACUAUUGGUACCUGGUCACCGAGGGCCAGAUCUUCAUCCUCUUCACCUUCACCUUCUUCGCCAUGUUGGCCCUUGUCCUGCACCAGAAGCGCAAGCACCUCUUCCUGGACAGCAACGGCCUCUUCCUCUUCUGCUCCUUCGCCCUCACCCUCCUGCUUGUCGCGCUGUGGGUUGGCUGGCUGUGGGACGACGCGGUGCUCAGGAAGAAGUACCCGGGUGUCAUCUACGUCCCUGAGCCCUGGGCCUUCUACACCCUGCACGUCAGCGGCCGACGCUGAGCCCCUGGCACCAGGCGCCGGCGCCCUGCCUGGCGGGACACGGGCCGCGGAGGGUGGCCGAGCGGGGACGUGCGUGCGUGCGUGCGUGUGCGGACGCGUGCGUCCCCCCGGUGUGCGCUGUCGUAGCCGCGGCGGGAGGGGCACGCACUGAGCGCCUGGCCCGGGGCGUGCGCGCGCAGAGAGCGUCGGCGCAAGGCUCGAUUGUGUGGAGCAAGUUUCUCUUCGGUUUGGAUCUUUUCAGGGUGGGAUAUAGUCGGAGGCCGUGUGGGCCCAGGCCGAGGUGUGGGCCCCGCCUUCUCAUGCACCUGACUGGAGUCGGGCCCUCUCACUCACCGCUCAGGGCCGGUCUCUUCCUGGGGUGGCUUCUGGUAGCCAUGCUGGGUCGGCCUGGCGGGUGGGGCAGCAGUGGUGAGGGGACUGGGCAUGUCACCCGCCACCUGGCUCACCCCUCAGACCUGCCCUGACCCUGAAGGCCAGAUUACAAAGGUUCAGUUAACUUUCUGGGGGUAUUGUUGAGCAAAGCACAUCCCUCCUCUGGGCCUCAUUUGCACUAGCUGGGACGAGGGCCCAAAGUGUGUCAGUGGGCUGGUUGUUGGGGCAGCCCUGGAUUGGACGGCUCGUUCUCUCUUGUCGCUGCCCUCUGCUACCCCGGGAAGGGUGUGUGCGCCGCAGAUCCUCCCCCAAACUCAGGUCACACGGAGGGUUGCGCCGCCAGACUCCCCUGAGCACCAUUUCCCUCUGCCAGAAGCUGUCUCCCUGCUCCCUCCCAGAACUGUGGCACCCCUUCCUGGCAGCCUGACCAGGAUGUCUGAGCUGCAGCUGAAGGCUGUGUUCUCAAACACUCGCGGUAUUCCCUGAGCCCCCUUAUAGGGUCAGGGGGCAUUUGGGGGAUGUUGGGAGGGGGGCAGAUCUGGAGGCUCUCCCCCAUAGGCCUUGUCUCAGCCUGAAUCUCAUGCUUUCUGCUCAUGGCCCUGCUCCCAGAAAAGGGAGGCUUCAUUCCCAGCAGGACACCCCGGGCCCGCCUUCCCCCAGGCCUUGGGGCCAGGUCUGCCCACACAGCUGCCGGCACCAGUCUCAUUUUCCAGCCAGCACUGGCUUGGCGAGCUUGUGGGUCUCAGGGGGCCUGCCCUACCUUCCCCGGGCCCUGCCCCCUCUCCUGUGUUCUCAGGGAGCCCUGUGCCUCAGAUGUUCCUUUCAUGUUGGGGUCCCUCUGCAGCCCCCUUAGAGGCCCCCCAGCCCCGGGUUCCAUGGGCGGAGAGAGGUGUGAAUAAAGACCAGUGUGGAGCCCAGCCUGGCUGGUGGCUGCUGCUUUCUCUGGGUGUGAAUUUGGGCGGCAGGAGGGAGAUCCCUGGGGCCGGAGAGACAGUGGCUGGUCUGUGGCUGGUCAGGGGCUGAGAGCAGGCCCUGCUACUGUCCGUUGGCCUUCCAUGCCACCCUGUGGGAUGCUGGGGGUGGGGGGCAAGAAGGGCCUCCUCCCAGUCAGUUCUAGCUCUCUUGUGAGGAGUCUGGGGGGCAUGGGGGGCGGGGAGCCAGGAUAGGGCAUCUCCAGGCCUGCCUCUCCCGAAAUGGCCCCUCAGGCCUCCCCGCUCUGCUGCGAGCCCACUCCAGAGGCUGAAACAGAGAAGGUACCCUUUGGGGGAAGGUGGGGAGGCUGGUUUGUUGGAGGUUGGCCCCGAGCCUUGGGCAAGUCGCUUACUCCCUCGGGGUCUCAGACUCACCACACAGCCCCCAGGACUUACUGGGGCUCCUGUUAGCAGACAGCGCUGGACAGGAGAUGCUCGACGCCACAUCGUCAUAGGCUAUGCCCCCACCUGCCCAGCAACCUCACUGGAUUCCUUCCUCACCUUGAGGACACUGGUCCUUCCCACCCUGUCUCUGGCCUCUUCUCCACAGCAAGACUUGCUGGGUGUCUUAUGAGCAGGCACAGGCCUGGUCAUGUGGGGCCUGGAGCUUACACAACUUGGGGGGGGGUCCUUGAUAAGAAAACAGGAAAAAAAAAGUGAAUAAAAAAUUAGGUAUGAGGGGUGCCUGGGUGGCUCAGUCAGUUAAGUUUCUGACUUGGUUUUGGCUCAGGGCACCAUCUCA